AUGUCCCACCCCGACGGAUUUGCAGGCCCGGGGCUGCCAGGAUUAACACCCCCGCGUCAGGGCGCGUAUCAGCAGCUCGUGUCCCUAAGGAGAAAACCUGUGCCGGCGAGAGCGGGGCCAUAUCACCAGAAGAUCGAGGACGAAGAAGAGGCUCUAUCAGUUCCAACACUUUACGGGUCUCACGAGGGCAUAGUGGCAAGCAGUGCAGGCUUCGAUCAGCCUUCACUGGCGCCUCCCCCCAAAUGGCCGCGGAAUUCUCAUUCGGCUCUCUGGGCGCCGAUAUGGCUCAGCAAGGUCACUCUCAUCGCCUUUGCCAUUACAUUCCUGUUAAUGUUGCUGGCUACUGCUUUGCUCUUCCACUUUUCUGAAAUUCACAACGGAAUUAGCGUUCAGCGGGAGGCAAACCACUACGCCUGGAAGUAUGGCCCAACUGCGGUUCUUGUGGUGGUGGGAGCCUUGUGGCGGCAAGUUGACUUUGCAAACAAGAUCCUGAUGCCUUGGGAAGAGCUGAGAACGGGGCCUUCGUCGGCGGACAAGACAUUACUCCUGGACUAUAUCUCCCCACUGCUUCCCACUAUUUCUUCGACAGGUCUACUCAUUCUAGAGCCAACUCAAAUGUCCAAAGGCGACCAAAAGUUCGGACUAUCGUCACAAUUUCAGCUAAACAAAUCUGUUGAUCCCCGAGUGGCCUGGUCGGUCGGCCCAGGUCCCGCACAGACUUACUAUGGCAUAAACUUCUAUGGACUGCGCUAUCCGCCCGGCACGGCGCAAGACUUUAUCGUCCCCGAGUUUCAAGUUCCAUCGAUGGCCGCCACUAAUCUUGACUAUACAAUGAAUACGGACGGCCUCAAGGUCAACUAUGAUUGCGAACUCCUUCCUCUGACUAAUGGCUCAACGGCUUAUAUGCCAUGGAGAAGUAUAAUGGCACCAUUCAUUGUUGCCAAUGUCACCACCAAGGAUUGCGACAUCAAGGGGGUUACUCUGGCUGAAGGCCCAGAUCAUGGAUAUUAUCAUGACCCAAAUGCGACACAGAACUAUCAGGCUCAGUUCGCCGUCUAUCCUUGCAACUACGAUUUCGAUUUCAGUAAAGAAUAUAUUCCCCAAGGCAAUUUAUCCUUGGAAUUACAAGUAUAUAACAUCAGCAGAGAUUUGCGUAUGUUCAUGUCUGUGGUUGAUGUCCGCAUUUCGGCGCGCGAUCAGUCCCCUGAGUACAUGUACCUCCACAAAGUCACAUCUGCUCUUUGCAAGCCCUCCUAUCAGGUCGGUCAUUUUGAUGUUGGCGUCCCAAACGCCGUCAACGGAUCUGCUCAUGCUCGUUUCUCGUCGCCGGCAAAUACGUUAAAUGCUAUAAAGAACUUUACUCAGGGAUCACUCGCCUUGGGCGUCGUGUCUUCGAGCAAUUCUUGGGAACUGAGCAACGGAGGAGUUGACUAUGUCAUUUCAGCGACUGUGCCGACAUUUUUCCAACUCUUGUCAAAGAAAGCUGGGGUGGAAUCUAUCGGAAGUUUUAUGGAUCCGCACCUUCUUGUGAAUACGGCAACCGAUGUAUUCAAGGGAAUUGGGACUCAGGUUUUGAACCAAGUCAUCGUUCAGCCGGCGAAUCGUACUGCCACUGGAAGCAUUACCUAUGUGGAGCAGAGGCUGCACGUUAAAGGCCUUUCGACCGGCUUCAUGUGUAGCUUUCUCGGACUGUUGGCCAUCUUGUCUGUGGGAAUGAUAUUUGCCAGGCCAGCCUUUACGGCUCCAGACCGUCCAGGGUCUGCUCUCUCCAUGGCUACGCUGCUCGUCUCAAGCUUUCAUCUCAACAGAAUCUUGUCGCCGAUGGGUGCUUUGAGCAACGAAAUGCUACAACAGCGCCUUGCGGAGUACCAAUUCCGAACAGCUCAUGUUUCUGAUAACGGCGCGUUUGUCUCAAUCGAACCAAUACAGCGGAAUGAAGGACAAACCAUAAGCCAUCCUCUUGAAAAAGUUCAAGGCACGGUGCCGUCAUGGGGUCCCAUGGCUAGUACGACCUGGUUCCUUGCUCUUGCGAUAUGUUUGCCACUGCUCAUCAUUGCGUCUCUGGAGGUUGUUCAGCAUUUUUCAGACAUAAAUAACGGAUUCUUGAGCAUUAGCCAAUCGAGCUCACUUGCGUUUGCUACCUACAUCCCUUCAGCUGUCGCCCUAGGAGUAGCUGGCCUCUAUACCGCAAUGGAAAUGAUGGUAGCCAUUUUUGCUCCCUAUGCUCCUCUCAAGCGUGGAAGAGCCAAUGCGGAGAGAACUAUUACGCUGAAUCUUGUUGGCCAGCUGCUCCCUCGUGCCUUUUAUUUGUCACUCAGAACAAAGAAUUUUGCAGUAGCCAUCGCGCUAUUUGGCACCUUGAUUGGAAGUUUUCUCUCCAUUAUUGUGUCAGGCCUGUAUAGCGCAACUAGUGUCCAAAUUGUCCAGAAUAUUACACUUUACCAAAACGACACAUUCAACUUUAACAACGUAGAUAUCUCCCUGGAUGAUAAUGAGGCCACUGCGAUUGACAACUUGAUCGAAUAUCUCGGCUUGAACAGUACAAAGUGGAGUACGGGAGACCUAGUCUUUAAUAUACUCGAUCAAGACGCCAUCUCGACGACGAAUUCGAGCGACAACAUACCAUUGACGAUUAAUAUACCUGCCGUAAGGCCGUCGCUAAACUGUACCUCGAUACCGAAUGAUGAUAGAAAAGUGACAAUACUCAAUCAGGACGACUCGGGGAUGUUCAUAAUGCCUGGGCAAAGCAAUUCCGUGAGUCCCUAUGAUGGGUUUGUUUGGGUCGGAUUGAAUACAACGAUGAGAUAUGCCGACUGGUGUGAGACCACGCCCAAAGGAGCGAAAAAAGAGGAGCCAUGGAUGCAAUACUUUAUGCUUCCAAACGAUACCAGCAUGGCAUACGUCGGCAAAGGCUCGAUCAUUGCGUGGAGCAACGACCUUGUUUAUGGAGAUGGAGCGUUGGAUACAAACCCAUCGUCUGGAUCGGCGGGUAAUGGAGUUCAGAUAACGGACAAUGGAUGCCCGACAUUUGCCGUCACGUUUGGUCUCAUGAGAUUGAAGAAAUCGGGCAAAGGAGCCAAGGCCAAGAUCACCGGUUUCGAGCAAGAUCUCGCCACCCUUGUCUGUUAUCAGAACAUUGAGCAGGUCAUGACCAAUGUCACCUUACAGCUUCCCCAGUUCAACUUCGACUCCACUCAGCCUCCUAUAACAGAUGAGAGUACAGCGAAGCUCCUAAAGACCAAUCGCAGUAGCGAAAGGUUUCCCUUCUUGCCGAACGCUUGGCUGAAUGGUCUAAGUGCCCCUCUGUUUAACCAGACGGUUCCUGGUCCGAAUAAUACCGAUCCGAUAAAUAAUCACAUAGACACAUUCAUUGAAGCUCUGGUUCUGAGUCAGAAUGGUCGACCAGCGAAUGAGCUCGCGGGCGCUAAGAAUAUAGAGAACCUCAAGAAUGCUACGCAGCGGCUUUACAGCGUGUACAUGGCUCAAGCCAUAUCUCUAAACAUGCGCGACAACAGUACCGCUAGCGGUGAGGGCUCUCUACCUACAUAUGAUGGUGUGGUAACGACAACUGGCCAUCGGCGGCUGCAGCAGAAUCGGGGGCCCAAGAUUGCGCUCCAGGUCGUUCUCGGGGUUAUGGUUGCGUGUGGCAUUGCAACGAGAUUGCUUUUACCUGUGCGAGAUGUAUUGCCGCAUAAUCCCUGCUCGAUUGCUGGGACGGCAACGUUGAUGGCAGGCGGAGAGGUGGUGUCUCAGCUGGCUGACCGAGCUAUGUCUACUAGACAUCUGAGUGCAAAAAGCCUGCCGGUGGAUGGACUGUAUAGUUUGAAGUGGUGGCGAGAUGAGAAGGGUGGAGAUCGAUAUGGCAUUGAUUUGGAGCCGUCAUUAUAG